CAACCGGGUAAGGACAGCCUAGGAAGCACAGUCGAGAAACUCGGUCGCCACCUGAUCGACGGAGUUGUGUUGAUUCCGCUGGACCACGCAGCCUACCACAACCGGAUCUUCCCGAAGCAGGAGUUCGUCUACGUGGCCAAGGAGCAUGUGGGAGUCUACCCGGUUGGGUUUUACUACCCGAAGAAGUCCCGCCUUACGAAGGUGUUCGACGAUCAAAUUCGGAACAUUCAGAGUACGGGGCUGAUCGACUUCUGGCUAAGGAGAUAUGGAGACUAUGAUUUCUUUCAGAAGCAGGAAUCUGGCGGAGGUCCCAGGAAGCUGAGUAACAGCCACUUGGCCGGAGGAUACCAAGUGUUCCUGGGCUGGUUGGCAGUGAGUUGUAUCGUAUUUGGGCUAGAGCUGUUGUCGGUACGAUGUGCGUGGCUGAGGAGAUUGUUCGAGGCGAUAAUGGAACAAGGCGGAUGUGAUUAAUAUAAGGCCUUUUGUUUAGUUGAAUAAGCCAUAGAGCAUACAUCUCCAAUAAGUAUAAUUACAUGUUACUGCUUAACAGUCAAAGGGACACAGGUAAUCAAAAAGGAAUUAGCCAAACCAGCUGUAUUGUCAAUUGAUUCAGUCAGUAUUCUAUAAAAACGUCAAAUCCCAAAAGCAAAGCCGCAGAUACAAAAGACAUCAUGUUACUGAAAACACUUCUACUUCUAUUUAUUCGGUUAUCUCAGACAUCUCUUCAAAUCGAUCAACCCUCGAGGUCUUUAGUACAAACCACCGUCCACGUAUUAAAACGCAGUUUUCAAGACCCUUUUGCAGCUUCGUGGAUCGUCUGGGAAGGUUCAACGCCAACGGCAG